GGCAAAACUAUGGCAAAGAGAGAUCCUACCGCAGUCCGCCGCGUACUCUUCCAACUCUGGCGAGCUACAACCAUGUUUGUGCAGAUCGCUGUUGAAGAAAGUGAGAGUAGAUAAGUGCUCAGUGGAAAAGAUGGCUCGACUGAAGUAGAGAAGUGAAAGGGCUACCACAACAACACCUCGGCAGGCAGGUGCCAUGUUGUGUUUCAUGUGUGUAGGUGAUGAGAGCGGAAGCUUUGCUCGUGUAGUUCCUUCACUGCCUACGCCCCCUUGCAAAUUCCCCGAAACCAAUCUGCCAGCGAGAGUUACAAAAAACUACAUCUCCCAUGCUAUCUGGGACCAAUCAAGGAAGUCGCCUUCGUCAAGCCGGUAGACUAGUUUGGGAGUUUGCACAAGACAGAAUGGCUAAAGCUGUCUUUCGGUGUGUGGAAUGUAACGAGGACGCGGUCGAGCUUCACAGAGAUUACAGUAAUGGGAUUUUGAAGAUAACCAUAUGCGAGUCUUGCAAGAAGCCCGUGGACAAGUACAUUGAAUAUGACCCAGUCAUAAUCCUGAUAGAUGCCAUUCUAUGCAAAACCCAAGCUUUUAGGCACAUUCUGUUCAACACUACCCUGAACAUCCACUGGAAGUUGUGUGUGUUCUGCCUGCUAUGCGAGGCCUACCUGAGGUGGUCUCAGCUGCACGUAUCUGAGCCCGGUAGCAGCGACCCCUCUGACAUCAUCAGAUACACCAAGGAGUGGAACUUCUACGCCAUGUUCGGCCUGGCCACUCUUGAGCUGUGUGUGUUCUGCGCGGGGGUGCUGUGCUUGCUGUGGUUGUCGGGGAGGCUGUGUUGCCGCAGCGCCGAGAUGGCUCGUCUGCUCCGGGCCCUGAUGCUGUCCUCCUACGGCAAGGUCCUGCUCGUCCCCGCCGUCAUCUGGGAGCACGACCAUUCCCCGCUCUGCUUCACCCUCAUCAAGCUGUUCGUCCUCACCUCCAACUCCCAGGCCAUCAGGGUAAUCCUAAACUGUAGCAGGAGGCUGUCCCUACUGGCGGUGUGUGUGGGCCUGCUGUGUGAGACCGGCUUGGCCCGGGCUUUCCAGAAGAUUCCCUGGAGCCUCCAGGACAUCCUGGCAUUGCACUGACUUCUGACCUGCCGCAGCCAUUCCCUGAGAAGGGCUUACAAUAUCUUUUGAUUGGCUGAUAGGCCUGAAAGGAACUUUUUGAUUGGUUUGAAUCCUUUUCAGGUCUUCUCAUACUGGGAGUGAGUGGUGUGCGUGUUCCCUUAGCUUCAGCCACCUGCCACAGAGCCAACAACUGACUGAUAUGGGUCAGAUUGCACUAUCAAGCAGAACCCAGUGGACCAAACUCCAUAAAUAACUGUCUGUCUGGAAUUUGCCAUCUAGUUAGCCUGGGAGGACAAGGACCAUACUCCCUGUCAAAAAAAACACCACUUAACCCUUGUGUUAUCUUCGGGUCAUUCUGACCCAUCAGUCAUUGUGACCCACCGUCGUAUUGCGACAGAUUUACCGCAUACAAAGACAAAGUGAAGCAUUUUCUUUUAACCGUUGGGCUGUCUCAGACCCCCCACAUUGCAAAGGUUAAAAGAAAAUUAUUUUAAUUUGUUUUUGUAUUGGGUAAAAUUGGGUAAACACAACGAUGGUUCGUUAUGAACCUUUGGGUCAUGUGACCCGAAGGCAGCACGAGGGUUAAUGAAUGGACUGUGUGUACCUACUUACGUGGGAGUGAGUUAAUGCAGGUAUGCUACACACCAUGAGAGAGAAGAAGGACCUGAUUGACCCAACAACCUCCUGUGUCCAGGCAACUAGCCUGGCAGGUGAGCUGCCAUUCCGGAGGUUACCUGAGGUCAGAAAGAGGGGGGGGGGGGGGGGGGGACUAGCGAUAUCGGCAGCAAGAAAUGUCUACUUUUUACAAGUUGGCGGGCUGUGAAUGUGACAUUUGUGUGUGCGCGGAAGAUCUCGAGGGGCUAGUAUGAAUGUGGAAUUCCCCUGGUAUGGCCCUCACCCUGAAUCGGAACUGUACAAGAGGGCAGUGUUCGCUUGGUAAUAAUCUUGCUGUGAUUAACGCAAGUAGCCGAGGAAUGAUGAGCGUGUGGAGACACAGAGAGAGGGGUGACUUGACGUGCAUGUCCAUGGAUAACUGGUCGUGUGUUAGGAAGUGCAUAACUCCUCACCAGAACCAGAUGUUUGCAGAGUUUCACCUCACUGGGGGAAACAUUCUCUGAAAACGCUUUUGUUCUCUUCAAACAUGGUCCUCUGUGUCCAUACGAUGUAUACAUAACGUACUUACGUUUAUUUUAUUUGGUGAUAUCUGUAAUUUUGAUAGCCAGCAUUUUAUAAUAAAGCACAUUUUCUACUGUU